AUGGAACAAUCUCAAUCCCUUGUUUCGCAAUCCAUUCUCAAUAGAGUUACUGGAAGGCCUAGAACAGACGCUGUGGUAGAACUUGAAACUGCAGUUGCCCGGUUCCAGGCCCACCUACAAGACAAUGAGAGAAUCAGGCUGCAGAGACUGAAAACAACCACGCACGAUAUUCAGGCCGUCAUCAUAUUCACAGCUGAGCUUGACCGCUCUGAUCCAACGCGGAGAGAUGCUUUCGUGUCUUCAAACCCAGAGCUGGCGGCCUUGAUAUGGGGGUCUGUCAAAUUGACCUUUCUGAUACUUAGUAAUUUCAUCUCAUACUUUGAAUCCUUCGUGGAGCUUCUACAUGGAUUCAGUAGUCUCUAUGCCAGAUUCUCUGAAUAUCAAAUGUUGUACCAAAACUCUACGGAAUUACGAGACUCGAUUUGUGGAUUCAAUACUGCUAUUAUCACGUGUUGUGAGAAAAUUGUUGCCUUGGCACAUCGAUUAACAAUGACUCAAAUUGCUAAAGCUUUCACAAGCUCGUUCCAGUCAGAGAUGCGACCGUACAUCGAUACCGUCAAGGUGAAGGCAGAAGAUGUCCAGCGCGACAUAGAACUUGUGAAAGCCAAGACCGACCGUCAUGAGCAGGAGAUGCAAAACAAGGAACGAGAAGAGGCGUCUGAAAAUCGAAGUCUAGUAGUUUCAAGCUUGUCACAGAAUUGGAACCAGUUGAGCAAAGUCAGGAAAGACUUCAGAAAAGCCUCCACUGGACAAAAGCAACAUCAAGCUCUUGAAGAAUUGAGUAAUUACAAUCGAAACAUCACAAAUUUGAAUAGUACUCGGAACAAACGCCAUCUACAGACCGCGUUUUGGAUAUUUGAGACACAGGAAUUUAAAGACUGGUAUGCUCUAAAAGAGGCACCCGUUUUGCAUGUCACAGGCAAGAUUGGAUCCGGGAAAACAAUCUUAUCAUCCCGCAUCAUCGAAUUCAUUAAUGACAGUCAAAGUGAAUCCGAAGUCGUCUCUUUCUUCUUCUCCCGCUUUGAUGACUCUGCGAGUCUCGACUGUGAUACUAUCCUCCGGUCACUAGUCUCUCAAUUAGUCUCGCGCCCCUCCUUAUCCAAACUCAUUGAAAGAGAGAAUAUAUAUAGCGAUUUAGAGCUGGCUAGAGACCAAUGCUACUCCCGCGAAUCACUGAAAAACCUAUACCGUCGUUCUAUGGGAAUUGUUGAAAAGUGGUUCAUAGUCCUGGACGGCAUCGAUGAGUGCAACGCAGAAGAGCGACGGGGACUGUUUGAGUUGGCUACACUUCCGGUCACGGUGUAG